AUGGGGUGUAGAUGGACAACAUAUAAACUCUGUUUAGCUUGUUUCAUGCUUUUGAUUCUUCUUCACAUGUGUUCUUCACUGAAUCCAGAGGGUGUGGCCUUGUUGGAUUUUCGGGCAGGAGUGUCUUAUGAUCCAUAUGGCGCAUUCACAAGUUGGAAUCCCAGUGACCUUGAUCCAUGCUCAUGGUCUAAUGUUCUUUGUGUUGAUGGUAAUGUUCAAGUCUUGGAUCUCAACGGGCUAUCUUUGGAAGGAGUUCUGGCACCUGAGAUUGGGAACCUUACUCAUUUGAGACAUCUUGUCCUCUCACAGAAUCAGUUCUCAGGAGCUAUUCCCAAAGAGCUUGGUGAGCUCACAAUGCUGGAGAUACUAGACUUGAGGGAUAAUAAUUUCAGUGGAUUUAUUCCCUCAGAGCUAGGAAGAAUGCAUUCAUUAAAACGGUUGUUGCUGUGUAACAACAAUCUUGAAGGAUCCAUUCCCAUGGAGCUCAGGACUCUCAACUUUCUGUAUGAAAUGCAAUAUGAUGAAAAUCUUUUAUCCCUUGUUGCAGAUGGGAUUGGAUGUCUAAAUAGGAAAUUUGGACGUUGCAUCUGGCAGGGAGAUUUUAAACUUCUAAAGAAAGCUGAUCCUCUUCUUAUACGAAUCAAAGAAACAGUUAAUAGUUACCUCAAAUCGUUCCAAUUUAUCAUGCAUGGAAAGUGCUCCUCAGACAAUUGCCUUAACACUGAAAAAAGAGCUGAAUCAGAAGAAGAAGAAGAAGAAACAGAAAAAGCAGAAGAUGUGAAACAGGAACAUGAUGGGAAUAUUGUACGCCGAAAACUAGCAGAACAGUCUCCAAAUGUAGCAGCUGCACCUUCUCCAAUUGACGGAUUUGGUCCCCCAAAGAUUAUAAAUCUCCCAAGUAGUAGAAGCAGCGGAUCAUUUCCUGCUGUACCAAAAGAAAAAAAAGAACCUACAUCUACACCUACUAUUAAUAUUAAUAAUAAUCCCCCACCAUCAUCACAUGGCCCCUUUAAAGACUCAACUCCUGAAAAUCAAAAUCAAGAAAGUGAAUCCAAUUCAAAUAUGUGGAAGAUUUUGGUCAUAAUAUUUUGCAUAAUCCUUGUGGUAAUCAUCUGCAUAACUCUUUGGUGUGUGUGUCGAAGUCGGGCAGUGAAGACAAUAGCUCCUUGGAGAACUGGUAUCAGUGGCCAGUUGCAGAAAGCUUUUGUUACUGGUGUUCCAAAGCUAAACCGGAUGGAGCUAGAAACAGCAUGUGAGGAUUUCAGCAACAUUAUCGAGACAACAGAAGGUUACACUCUAUACAAAGGAACAUUAUCAAGUGGAGUCGAGAUUUGUGUUGCAUCAACCAGUAUGACAAGUCUCAAAGACUGGUCAAAGCGUGCCGAAUUAGGGUUCCGUAAGAAGAUUGAUACGUUGUCACGAGUGAAUCACAAAAACUUUGUUAAUGUUAUUGGUUAUUGUGAGGAGGAUGAACCUUUUGCUAGGAUGAUGGUGUUCGAGUAUGCUCCUAAUGGCUCACUCUCAGAGCAUCUACACGUUAAAGAGCUUGAGCAUCUUGAUUGGCGUUCAAGGAUGAGAAUUAUUAUGGGAACGGCUUACUGUCUCGAGUACAUGCAUGAAUUGAAUCCUCCCAUACCCCACUCAAACCUCAACUCCACAAUGAUCCGUUUGACCGAAGAUUAUGCGCCCAAAGUCGCAGAGAUGAGUUUUUGGAGAGAUUUGAUGUCAAAAUCAAAAGUAUCAACAGCGGAUUCUGAAUCCGAGCACUCUCAACUGCCACCACUUAUUGAUACGGAGACAAAUGUCUACUGUUUUGGCCUCUUAAUGCGCGAAAUCAUUUCUGGCAACAAAGGACCUUUUCUACCUUCGCAGCAGCAAUAUCUGGAUGACAACACGGUCGAUCCAACGUUAAAAUCAUUUAAUCAAGAAGAAGUUGACAUCAUUUAUCAAGUUAUUGAAGAAUGCAUCCAACAAGAUCCUCGAAACAGACCAACCAUGAAACAAGUGGUUCAGAAGCUAAAGGGAGGCCUGGGGAUUUCACCUGAGCAAGCAGUGCCCAGACUUUCGCCUCUUUGGUGGGCUGAACUCGAGAUCUUAUCUGGAGACCCAGUGUAAUGAAACAACAAUGUGAGUUAGAUUGAAAAGAAAAUGACCAUUUUACCCUCAGUUUUUGAGGAGUGAAGUUAGAUGGGGGAAACGCUUAUCAUCGAUGCCGUUGCUCGAUUUGAUUCAUUUUUCGGGGACUUGUUUGUCGUGAAAUAAGAUAUGUAUAUGUCCUGUGUUAAGUGUCAAGUGUUUUCGUGGUGAGAUAUAUGUUGAAUAUGUAAAUUUGGGGGGAAGAAAACAUAGAGAAUAGCCAAAUAUCUUGUUUUAGGGAACGUUUGCGAAACACCUUAUAGUAGACCCAAGGAACUAAUCAAUUAGUCAUCCAAUCACAUU